AUAGUCACUAGAAUUUUUUUUUUUCCUUUUUAUCAGUAACUCUUGAAGUCCUGAGGCGUUGCUCCUGGGGCUGGCUUCUGUCUUAGCAACAUCUUCUGCUCCUCCUUCCCUUCCCCCUUCCAAGUCCAGGGACUCAUCUGCUUACAGCUUUCCUGCCAGUAGAGCCGACCACAGCUCUUGAAGGUCUGACCUGAGGUUAAAACUAGACCGAAGAUCAUCCGAUUCCAGCAGAAGGGUUUGGUGGCCUACGGUGACACAGUUCAAGGCCUCAGACCGGAGACUUAGAAGGAAGCAUAGGAGAAGCCAUCGGGCAUAGGAGCCGCUUGCUCAUCCUGGCCAACAGCCCCAGCUUCUGAUGGGACACUAAGGCUCAGAGAGCACCCACAGUGUUCGGUGUGACGAGUGCCACUCAGAAAUCAUGGAGACAGCGGUGAUUGGGAUGGUGGCAGUGCUGUUAGUCAUCACUAUGGCCAUUACCUGCAUCCUCUGCUACUACAGCUAUGACUCACAGACCCAAGACCCAGAGAGGGGCCCCAGACGUAGCUUCACCGUGGCCACGUUUCACCAGGAGGCGUCGCUCUUCACGGGGCCGGCUCUUCAAUCCCGGCCACUGCCGAGGGCCCAGAACUUCUGGACUGUUGUGUGAGGUUGGCAGUCCUUCGACAUUUAUUCUGCUAGUGGGUCAGACCCAUCUGCUCCUUCAGUAAGCAGUGCCUGGUGUCUCACUCCUCCCAGCUCUCCAUCCUUAUCCUACG